AUGGUUUCUGCAGGCUUGCUGAAAGUCGCUGUGCUCCUCUCGCUGGCCGCCUCCGGUGCACUGGGACGCAGCAUCCCGAUGUCGCGCCGGGACACUGCGGCUUCCGGGUUCACGCUCACGGGUGCCGCCGCUCCGGAUACGCCGCUGACCCUGAAGAUCGCUUUGACGCAGAGUAACCCUUCGGGACUGGAGGAUGCUCUCUACGAUGUCAGCACCCCUUCUAGCCUGCAGUAUGGGCAACACUUGAGCAAAGAAGCGGCGGCGGCAUACGUUGCGCCAUCGUCAGACACGACUUCUGCUGUCAACUCGUGGUUGCAGCAAAACGGGUUGAGCGCUACGACCCUGACACCAGCGGGCGACUGGAUUAGCGUCGAGACCACGGUGGGCCAGGCGAACGAGCUUCUUGGUGCCAGCUACAACGCGUACACCCACGACAGCACAGGGAAACAGGUCUAUCGUACGCUGGAAUACUCCAUACCCGAUGAACUCGAGAGCCACGUUGCUGUGGUUCACCCGACCGUGAUGUUCCCGAAGUAUUCGACGCUGUCGCCCAUCGUCUCUACCAGAUCUAGCAAGCGCCAGCAAGCUCGUGCGGAUGUAAGCUCGGAAUCCGCUGCCGCCAGCUGCGGCAGCACGGUUACGCCAGCUUGCCUGCAGUCCCUAUACGGCAUUCCCACGACUCCUGCCACGGAGUCCUCCAAUGUGCUAGGUGUCACCGGGUAUGGCGACAACUGGGCAAACAAGGCUGAUUUGAAGAGCUUCCUGAGCAAGUACCGCACCGACAUCUCAUCCUCGACUACUUACUCGCUAGAGACGCUCGACGGUGGGUCAGACCCGCAGAGCAGCAGCGACGCCGGGGUUGAGGCUGACCUCGACGUCGAGUACACGGUCGGAAUCGCCACUGGUGUCCCAGUGACUUUCCUCUCUGUGGGCGAAACGACGAACGACGGAGAGCUAGAUGGCUUCCUGGACACCAUCAACUACUACCUCGCCCAGGACUCGCCUCCCCAGACGAUCACGACCAGCUAUGGGGAUUGGGAGCCCGACAUUGAUGAGGGGAUGGCAGUGAACUUGUGCAACGCGUAUGCACAGCUUGGCGCUCGGGGCGUAUCCAUCAUGUUCGCAUCCGGCGAUGGCGGCGUAUCAGGGGUGCAAAGCAAGGACUGCACGACCUUCCUUCCCGAGUUCCCAUCUGGAUGCCCGUACGUUACAUCGGUCGGUGGGACUACUGGGACCAACCCCGAGACAGCCGUCAGCUUCUCGGGCGGUGGCUUCUCCAACUACUGGGCCCAACCCUCCUACCAAUCCACCGUUGUUCCCGAGUACCUCAAAUACCUGGGUACGACGUACACGGGCCUCUAUAACGCGUCCGGGCGCGGCUUCCCCGACGUCGCUACCCAGGCGCAAGACUUCGAGAUCGUCACUGGGGGCUCUGCUGAGCCUGUCAGCGGGACGAGCUGCGCUAGCCCAACCUUCGCGGCGAUCAUAUCGCUCCUCAACGACGAGUUGAUCGCUGCUGGAAAGUCCCCCCUUGGUUUCCUCAACCCAUGGCUGUACUCGACCGCCGCUUCCGCACUCACGGAUAUCACCUCUGGCAACAACCCUGGUUGUAACACCAAUGGCUUCUCGGCUACGACUGGAUGGGACCCGGUCACUGGUCUGGGGACUCCCGUGUUUUCCAAGCUCAAGACGGCCGCGGGGUUGUGAUGAUGAUACUCACGGUAUCGUUUAUGGCAACGUUUGAAUGAAUUCCAUAAUGUCUAUGACCAGUAACGAUUGAGUGCUCGCAGCAGCAUGGCAUAGCCGAUACAUAACAAUGGACUCGCGUGCCGUGGUUGCAAACUUACAUUAUAUUGAGAUCUUGAGAACUCACAAGA